AUGAAAGCCGGUCAGUGGGACAACCCUAAAACCGUUACCCGGCAGAAACUGAAGCAGGUCGUCAUCCGCGAUGUGCCCAUCCCAGAACCAGGCCCGGGCGAGGUCCUGAUCAAGAUCAAGUCGGCAUCUUUAUGUCAUUCCGAUCUCAUGAUGUAUAACCGUGCCAACGAAGAACCCAUCACCAUGGGGCAUGAGGGUGUAGGUAUCAUCGAGAAGAUCCACCCCACGGCCGAAGGCAAGGGAUUUUCGGUUGGCGAUGCCGUGGGCUGUGGCUACUUCCUUGAUUGCUGUUUCGAGUGUGAAGGCUGCCUGACUCACAACAUGCUAUGCGAGACUGGUAAGCAAAGGCUACAAGGCUUCACUGCCGACGGGUUCUUUGCAGAAUACGCCGUCGAAGCCUGGCAAAACCUUGCCAAGAUUCCUUCAUCCGAUGAGUAUCUGUCGAAAGCGGCGCCUAUUUUCUGCGCUGGAAUUACAGCCUUUCACGCCGUGGACAGCUGCGAAUUGAAGGAGGGCCAGUGGCUAGGUGUCAUUGGAUGCGGUGGCCUUGGUCAGUUAGCUUGCCAAUAUGCCAAAGCCAUGGGCUGCAAGGUUCUCGGUAUUGAUAUCAACGACGCCACCUUGGAAGUUUUCAAAAAGCAAGGUGCAGAUGCCAUCUUUAACUCGAGAACAAACAAGGACUAUGUCGAGGAGCUCAAGAAGUUGACCAAUGGAGGCGUGCACGCUGCUGCUGUCUUCUCGGACGCCGAUGCCGCGUAUGCCGGCGCACCGUCUGUCGUCAGACUGAACGGUCUAAUCAUGUGUGUUGGACUACCGAAAAAUCCGCUCUCCUGGGUGACGGCACUUGAUCUCUGUAUCGGUAAGUACAGAUUGAAGGGUGAGUCGACCAGCAUUCCUCAGCGAAUGAAGAAGGCUGUAGACUUCACAGUCAAGCACAAAAUCAUUCCAGAAGUCGACUUCAGACCGCUGGAGGAUCUAGGCAAGAUGGUGGAGGAGAUGCAAGCUGGCAAAGCUACCAAGCGCCAAGUUGUUGUAUUCUAG